AAAUAAUUUGGGUAAGAGAAAGAAAAAGGUCCAAUAACAAACUAAUUCAGAGAAGAGAGACUUGUAAAAGAAAAGAGGAAGAAGAAACAAAGAAAUUAUAUAAAACAAAAUUAGAAACGAACGCAUGCACCCGUUUCCGUAAAUUUCCUUCGUCCUUUCUAGAUCUCUCUCCUCUGCCUCUGCUUUCUACUUCUAGGGUUUUUGAUCUCUCUGUCUCUCUCUCUCUCUACGCGCAGGUGAAAAGCAAAGCAUCUCACAGUAUAGGUUUUGUUAUAAUCUCGUCCAAUGUCUGCUUCGCCGGCGAAUUCGAGGGCUCUCCAUGGUUUUCCUUCUCUCACCCGUGGAGUUCAAGUCUCUGCUAUGACUGAUGUGGACCCCAAAUUGGAGACGAAAUCGGAGAGGACUGCAUCUCCAUCGGCGGAGACGGUGGCUGCUUCUAACCGAACGGUGGCGUCACGGUCGAGUCGUCAGCCGCGUCUCUCUUACUCCUUAUUUGCUCCGUCAUCCGACAACGACUACCCGAGGAGGCUGAAAUCCGAUGCCACCGAAGAGAUUCUGCCGCGGAAAGAGGACGCUCCGGUGUCGGUGAAGGAGGGAGAAGAAGCGGAGGAGGAGGAGGAAGAGGAGGUGAAGAGGACUUGGAAUCUGCGGCCGAGGAAGGGCUGCGGCGGUUCGAAGAAAGGAAACGGAGUAAUAUCAGCGGAAGCGUGCGGCGGAGGAGCUUCGGAGGUGAAGAAUCAGAAAUCAGGCGGUGGAAUAGAGCCGAAAUCAAACAGGCAAAGAGGAAUCCCGGCGGAAUCUCCCGGAUUAGGCGGCGUCGAGGUAGCGAACGAGAAUCACAGGCUUUGGGUCGCUCUUUCUCGAGACGAGAUCGAAGAAGACGUGUUCAGCAUGAGCGGGAGCAGGCCAUCUCGCCGGCCACGGAAGAGGACAAAGACCUUGCAGAAACACCUCGAUGUUAUUUCCCCUGGAUUGUGUCUUGUGGGUAUGAAUGCUGAUUGCUUCAGAGUAUCAAAUUCUCCGUCUAAGAGCUCAUUUAGCUUUGACAUAAGCAAAAUGCUACUGUUGCUUUCUGCUGUAAUAUCAAUCAAUGAUAAGGAACCCUUAACAGCGAUUGCAUUUCAAUUUGCAGCGAUGAUCGGGCUCACAAAAGAGUAUUUUGGUGAAGAAGAAAAAAGGGUAGAUAGGUAUGCUGGUGGCAUGGUCUAUUACACAACAGUAAAAGAUAGGAAGAAGAAAUAUCUCAUAUGAGACCUGUUCUUGUCUCAUAUCAAACUUAGUAGUAACAAAGUUAUAAGUAAAUAUGGUCGGCAAGUUCAACAAAUAUAUCUAAAUAUAUAAAGAAAGAGAGGGGGUUCGAUUUUGAGUUAUUGAUAAUGAAAUGCAGAAAAAAUCGGUUAGUUUGAUGCUUUGUAGUUAAAUCUAAUGGCAAAGUAAAUUUUAUUUCUUUGUGCUC